UUGCGUACGAUGUAAAUACGAAUGCCGAAUGCUGGCCUCCCGAAAAUAAUCGCCGCGUCCCGCGGCGAUCCCGAGUGCUUUUUCCGCGGCACUCCCGACGCCGCCAAACGUAAAAAAUGCAUUUCGAGCGAGAACCUCCGACGCAGCGAGGUCCGCUCUCCUACCAUGCAUCUUCGUAACGGUAUCGGUGCCAAAAUAAAAAAUCGACCUUGCGCCGUGCUUCAAUGAACCGAGUGAACAAGUUCUCUUAAGUGGACGUGCGUCGAAUAGUGUUAAAACUAACUCACCUCGGCUUCAAACACUUCCAUCAGUGUUUUCUAGCUAAGCUGCAAGAGUUUAAGUUAAGUAAAUAAAUAGCCGCCUACACACGCGCCAGAGUCCAACUAGUUGGUUGGUAUGCAUACGAUAUCCAUGGAAAAAGGUAUUCUAAAAUUAGACGACUCCGAUAUAUCUGGAGUAUUCGGCGAUCCGAUUUACAAACUCGUGAAAGAAGAAAGUAAGUACACGUGAAGAGACGAUCCCCGAGCUCGGCUCAUCGUCAGAUCGGGCAAAUGGCUGACAAUGAGAGGGUCUGCGAUCACGAUGGUCCGAGGAUCGACAAGAACGUGAGAUAUCGCGAACAAAGAGCGUCGCGAGUCAAACGGAAAGCGGAGGAAGAAUUGCCAGCACCGCCGCCGGAUCCAUGGACGAGUCGUUGGCGUUCGGAGAAUUCCCCUAAUCAAAGUCGGAACCUCGACGAGGACGAAGACAUAAUCGCUUACCUGGCGAACAUCGGUUCUCAAACGCCCGAGUGUCCGUCGAGAAGUUCAGCGACGGCCGCGUCGAAUCUUUGCGUGGAGGACGCCUUCGAGCACCUGGACCGUCUGUGCGCGUUCGCGGAGCAGAUUCUCGAGCUGAGGAAUCGAAAUUCGAGGCUGUUCAAACGCGUGAGGAAUUUAGAACGAUUGAAAGUGCUGAGGAACGCGAAUAACAAAUUGGAGAACGCGUAUGCUCGUAACAAAGAUGCGAUUAAUUUCUAUGAAGAGGACACGGGAUUCGCGGAGUCGCUGCUGGACGCGAUGCUGUCGACUCCGAGGGAAGCUUUUCAAAAGCGGAACGUUCGGUCGUCUUCGGCCAGGCCGACUAGAGAGAAAUUUGACAUCGACAAGCAGACGUCGCUGGACGAAAUUUCCGGGAAUCCGCCGAAGGUUUCUAAGUGGACGAGGGUGAAAGCUGCGUUCAAAUGGGAGAGGGCUUACACGAACGACGCGGAGAUCGCGGAUCCAUCGAUCGCUACCACAACGACGCUACCUUUGCUAUCGUUGAGCACCAAACAUCACCGAAUCGCAGAUGAAAGCAGAGAAUCGAACGCUAUUGGCUCUUCAUCUCUUCUCGUCAACGAACCUUGCAAUUUACCGCUGCCCUGCCGACCUUCGUCCGCUUCGUCGUCCAACGAUGGAUCUUACGAUUAUUCGCCAAAGACCGCCUCGAAUCACUUAGACGAUCAUCCUUUAAAGAGAAAAGACGACGACACCGUCGAGGACGCUUCGAGAUUAGAUCAAACAGAAUCGAUUAUUAACGAGGUCAGUCAAGGGAGACCGUUGAUUCGUAUCACGUCGGAAAAGGACGAGACGACGGAAUUGUCGAACGAAUCGGAGGAGAAGGACGCGGGAUCGACGCCUAAGAGGUCGACCCCGACCCUGACGAUCACGAUACCUCCACAGGAAGAUGACAUCAGGUAUACGUCUUCAUCGGAAGCGAAUUCGCCGCUGCUUCCACUCGGCGCGAGCGCUUCCGGCGGAAGCUCCCCGCAGCCACGAAGACUCUACGGCGAUCCGUACAAGGAUUUCAAACGCCAGCAAUCGUUCGGCUUGGAAUCGGUGAUUUUGUCGUCGAAGAUGCAAAGGCAAGACUCGAAAUGGAACAAGGUCAGGCGAGCGUUCCUGACAAAUUCCACGCUCAGCGUUCCAUCGAACCUGAUCAACAUCGUACCGAGGCAAACGCUGUUCCACGACGGUCCGGAAUCGUCGGCGAACAGUAAUUGCGAUGAGAACACGGAAAAGAACGCGCAAAGCGACGCGCGUCAGGACUACCGUGCCCUUCGAGAAAAGACAUUCGGAACGGAAUUCGAACAGAAACUGAUCGAAUGGGAGAGACUGAAAAAUUCGUCUCCCCGACCUGGUACAAAGGAGACCUCCUUCAAUCUGUCUGUUCCCCGGGACAGUCUGCUGCCCGAGGAGAAGCUGACGCCUGAAUUUCGCAAAAAGCUGCAGGAUUGGAAGCGUGCGAAGAAAAUGCGUCGAGGAAGCGCGCCGUUCGAGCAACAGAGGAUCGGUCGUCGGCGUUUGACCGAUUGGCAAUUAUGGAGAUCCCCGUCGAAGACCGACUAUAGAAAUAAUAAAGAGACGACCGGUUCGUCCCGCGCUAAUUUCGAAUUCGGUGGGGAGAUCCUCAACGAUGAGAGGAAGACGCAAUUGCACGAAGAAUUUGCACGGAAAAUUGAGUCCUGGAAACGGCUGGGCGACAUCGGCGCACAGAGCAACGAAACGAAACAAUCGGUAAAGGGAAAAUUGCAUCCGAUUUGGAUCGACGAGAGCGAAUUUCUCGCUUUGGAAAAAUCACUCGCACUUUUUAACAAUGAUCCGAACAGGAGACGAGACAGCGAUGCUCAACAAUUGUACGAAUGCUUCGAAGGGUACCCAAGAUUUGACAUACUCUUGACAGAAGACAGGAACGAGGAAUCGAGAUUAUUCAAAGUAUGCUCAACAAAGAGAUCGAAAUCGGUCGGGAACCUGGCCGAGAAAUCAACAACGGCUUGUCCAAGCGAAUAUUUCACGCGUCGUGCAAACAGUCUGCAAUCAUUGGAUCAUAAGAUGAACAGAGUGAAAAAUUCUAAUCGUCUCGACACUUCGCCAUCCUCUACUAUUUCAGUGAAUCGUCGUCGGAAAACUGGGGACGCAUCAGAGGACAUAAUGGACGAUUCCGAACCGGAAGCGAUGAUCGUCGACAUCGAGGACGUAAUCGAAGAAACCGCGAGUCCUUUGGAAAGGGUGCAACCUCAUCAAACGCCUGUGUACUCCGUCGCAGCGAGCGAAACGACGAGCAUCGCAGUUCCGCUCGGAACGGUCACAUCGAGUCACGAACCAUCGCCGGUUUGUUUGGUCCAAGUCGAAGACAAUCCUGACUCGAAGCACUGGGGAACGGAGUCAACUCGAUGGAAGCAGAGAAAAAGUUUCUCGAGUGAAGACAGUCUAGUCAUAGAACAAUUAAACGCAAAACGUUGGGACAAGAGGAGUUCGAUUUGUAGCAACGCGGAUUCGGAUCGUUCGUCCUCCCACGCGAGCUUGAAUAAACAGAGAACAGAUUUGGAACUGGAUAAAGAUUCUUUGAAGUCGAGCAAUUCGAUCAAGUCAAUGGAAGACACGGAGAGGAACGGGAACGUCGAGAAAGGAGAAGACGCUGGUACGCAAAAUGAUAUUUUUAACAACGAGUAUGAAGAAGUAGUCGUGGCUGAUCCUCGCUAUUGUUCUUUGAUGAACGUCCGAUCGGCAACGCAGUAUAAUGAGGGAUUUACGAAGACUUCGGUGGAAACCUCGACUGUCUGUAAAUCAGAUGGGAACCAACAACUUAUUCAGAACGAAGUGAAGAACGAGGAAAAGGACAGCAUCGUUCAAAGCGAGAAACGAAGCGAUCGUUCAAAAGAAGAAUACGAAAAACUGAGAAAACUCGAUGGGAAGAGUUUAAAUUCAGAUUCUAUUAUUCGCGGAUAUCGUCGCGAGCCUACGAUUCACACGACCGCUUAUACGGUCGUUCCUUCCCGCGAGGAACGUUGCGUCGAGAGGAUCGUUAUCAACGAGGAAACGUUAAACAAGAUCGUCGUGCCUACAGCGUGUUGCAUGGAAAAAGGGAAAACUCCGAAGGAAUCUGAAACUCGUACGGAAAUCUCCGUCGCCGCUGCUCCGGUGAGACAAGAAACACCGAAGAAGAAAAAUUCACCGACGCGAAACGUCUUCGUCAGGACGAAACGUAUAAUAUUCUCUCCUUUUCGACGGUCAGAAGAGGAGCACUCCAGGAAAGAGUGUAACACGUCGGAGAACGACGUGUUAAGAAGAAACAAGAGUAAAUCGAGAUCAGGUUCUCCGAAAAUAAACAGACAGGACGCACUGUUAAGGAUGUCGCUUUCCUUGCCAUGGCCAUUGCUUCGUCCUUCCUCUAAGGAGACGAAAGAAGCGAAGGAGGCACGGUCGGAGAAUCGAUCAUUCGAACGAUGUAAAUCCGUGGAAAACUCGAGAAAAUUAUCGAACGGCGAGGUCGCCUUUGAAACAAAUAACGACGUUCGACGUUCCACUGAAAUUAAAUCGUUCGUCCGAGAGAAACGUGGAAACGCAUCGGUGGAAACAGCGGAUAACGAUCAACGGAAACGAUGUUCAAAUCUCGGUUCGAGUUUACCGAGUCUGAAAAUCGAGGAGAAAAAGAUCUAUCCAAAAUUCGACCCGCAAUCAUCGGAGCUGAUUCACAAACUGGCAAUUUUGUCGAACGCUGUGGCGAAAAGGGACGGUCGGACCAGCACUUCGGAAGACACCUCGCCGGUGGAGUCGCAUUCGUUAAGGGUGCGUCGCGCGAAACAAGAUUUCUUAUCUCGCCGAGGCGGUCCCCUUUGUCAUUCCGCGUCGGAGCCUAACGACGAGAGUUCCAGAGUGAAAACGUGUAAUCAUUAUUACGAACCGAUUUUAGAAAAAGAGAAAUCGGAAAGCAAAAUAACAGCGGACGCGAGUUACGCUUCUAAUUCGGGUGAGACCGAAACAUCAAACGGCAGCGACGAUGCGCGGCAGGUAGAGGUGAAAAACGAGCGGAAUUCGACGGUGGCUACGUCUCGACCCGAUCGCGUGAAAUCGGCCAGCGCUGGAAUGAUAAACUUGGACCCGGACGCGUUCGUGCAUCUCACCGAGGCUAACCGCGGUCGCGGUUGCGAGUCUCUCCCAAGAUCGAUCUCUAAACAGCAACAGCCGUUGGGCUCGCUUGCAAAAAUCGUUAAUAAAUUUAAGUUCGCGCGGCUGAUACGUGGAAAGGACGAAGAGGGGAACAUGAGCACUAUUUCCAAAUUGUGUAGACAGAGUUUGUUAAUCGACGUUCGUAACGAUUUCGAGAGGUGCUGGGAGAGUAACGAGAGGGAGGAGGCCAGUUCCAAGUCGGAGAAAAUUAAGAAAACUAAAUAUUAAGCGAACACAAGGAAGUAAUGUCGUUUCUGCGCUAUAUCAAUAUUUGUUUAUCACUUAUCAGCUUAUUCUGUACCUCAAAGUCGUGUCAUAGAUAUUUUAAGCUUGAAGUGACUUGUUUAUUUGUAAAUAAUUAUAUCUUUUCUUCUUGCAAUUAAUUAUUUAAUAAAAUUCUUUUGCAAAAAAUUAA